AUGCUGGAAUAUAAUCCCCAAAACCCAAACUCAAAGAGAGUUUAUUCAAAAUAUGGGUGCAAAGAAUGUAAACGAAGAAAGAUCAAAUGUGAUGAAGGAAAACCAUUUUGUUGGCAAUGUGUACGAUUGAGAAAACAAUGUGCCUAUCCUGAACCAGGUGAAAAGGUUUUAAGAAUACUGAAGAAGAAACAAACGUUGAUGAAAUUAAUGGAAUCUCAACAACUGCAACAACUAAUACAAGGACAACAUCAAAAUCAUCAACAACAUCAACAACCUGCAGCACCACCACCACAUGGAUCACUACCGCCUUUAUCCUCGACUACACAGCAGCCGGUAUCGGCAUCUCCUUCUACACACACAAGUCCGCAUGGGCAUGGAAAUGGAACUGGAAAUAUUUCCCAACCUUUGCAUACUUUUAAUGGUCAACCUGUUUAUGGUAUACCUCAUGAUCAAUACAAACAACCACAUCAACCAUUAUUUCGAGAUCAAAUACAACAUUACCAUCCUGACCAAAACCAACCAAUACAUAUUCAUGCUCCACGUACUCACCAUCCUGCUCCUCCACCUCCGCCACCACAACUAGUCCCUCCAACAACACUGGGACAUUCAAACUUACCUCCUUAUCAAGAUCAAUAUCGUGGAUUUCCUCCAACAUUGCCAGUUCCAGGAAGAGCACCUCUAGCGGUACAACCACAUGUCCCAACUCAGCAACAACAACAACAACAACUCGUUCCAGCAUUAGCAUACCCUAUUCAACAACAACAACAACAACCUCAUUUACCACCGGCAUCAUCUGUUCCUCCACCUCUUCCCCAGCAACAACCACAACCCCCUACAAUUACAUAUUCAACUCCUCAGCAGAAACUCUCCCCACUGGCCCAACUGCAACAACAUGUUUCUCCUCCAGUAGUUCUGGCAUCAGCUGCACCACCACCACCAGCAUCGUCAUCUUCAUCAUCAUUUUCUAGUGGAAAACCUAGUUCCAUAGUCUUACCUCCACCCCAUACAUCACGACUUUCUAUCAAUCCACCACCUGAUCAACUAAAUAAAAAAGCACAAUAUCCAUUAAACAUUCCAAUUUCAAAACCUCGAAGCUCAGGUUCCAUUUCAAGUUUGUUAAAUGAUUCCACAAAAUUGAAUGCACCAGAAAGGUCGCCUGAUUCAAAUAGUAUACCAGCAAAUAGUCCUCAAACCCCUCAUACUGCUAAUACUAAUAACUCACAUUUUAAUACUAGCCCUAUUUCAUACGAUAGUGACUUAAAUGGCUUGUAUAAUCAAACAGAUUUGGAUUUGUUGACCACAGAUUUGAACAAUAUGGUUACGGAAAUUAUGUUUGACAAGAACUAUGAUUCAAAUAAACAUAUAAUGGAUACUGAUGAAGGAUCAAUUAAAAGCUUUGAUUCAGGUAGUAUUGAUUAUGUUAUGACAAAAAAUGGAGAUGGUGGAUUUGUACGGAAUGGUGGUGCAAAUACCAAUCGUCGAAAUCUACCUAUUAGUUUCAUUAAAGUAACCAAUCCAACAAAUAAAACGUACCUUGAUGUUUUCUACAAUGAAUUUGCCAACAUUAUCCUCCCACUUCCAAGUGUUGAUACCACUACCAACUCAUAUUUCAAUCCAGCAAGAGAUAUCAUCUUGGAAAGUGCUGCAAAACAUAAAUAUGUUCUUGCUGCAGUGUUAGCAAACGGUGCAAGGCAGAAAUUCACCAAGACUGAAAAUGAAGAGGAUGAACAGGCUUAUUGUUUAUAUUUGUCAAAAUGUUUGAAAUUGUUGGGUCCAGCAAUAGCAGCUGAUGAUAAGAAGUUAGCAUCUAAUAUAGAAAGUGUCUUGUUGACUGUAUUGUUAUUAACUAUUGGAAAUGCAUCUAACUUGAAACAAGAUUGGAGACCGCAUUUGAAAGGUGCAAAAGAUUUACUUUUAAAGAGUUCGGUUCCAAAAAGAAAAAACUCGAAGAUAUUCAUUUUCUGCAAAAUCUGGUUUGUCACUAUUGAGAUCCUUGCAGGUAUUAGUUCUGUGAAAGGAGGUACACUUCAAACGGAUCAAGAAAUUGAUGAAUUGAUUAGUUGUAAUGAUGAAUAUGAAGUUAAAGUGUUACGAGAAUUGGGUAUUGUCUUAGACAAUGGAUUCAACAUUUUAGGUGGAUAUCAUCAUGAUUGUUAUGAACUAUUUGGAAGAUUAAUGAAAAUUUUAAAUAGAGGCAGAGAUAAGAAUUUGAAUGCUCAGGAUUCGUUUGAGUAUAUUAAAUUAUUUGCUGAUUUUCAAAGACAAUCUGAAAUUCAAUUCAUUGAUAGCAGAGGUAUUAUCCCGGAUAGUUCUAUUGAUGGUCAAUUAUUGGAACAUUUCGAUGGUAAAACUAUCUCCUGGAUGGAUAUAUGUCAUCAAGGUUAUACAUUAGGAGCCAUGAUUUUCAUUUUAAAGAAAUGUUUUGGUGAAAACCAUGCUAGUCCACAGGUUCAAUUGAUGAGUAAGACUAUAUUUGGUUUUAUUAGUUAUUUGAGAGAUUACCCCCAUGAUCUGGUUCCAAAUUAUACUAUCAAAAAUGCAUUGAUGAUGUUACAGUGGCCAAUUUAUGUGUCAGCGGAAAAUCUAACAAAUGAAGAAUGUCAUGAACCGAUAACUAGAUUUUUCCAAAUUCUGUCUCAAGUUGGAUCUGGUGGUGCUACUAUUGCAUUGAAAAGAAUUCGUAAAAUAUGGCAAAAGAGACAAAAUAAUGAACCUACUGAUGAUGAAAAUGAUUCAGAAGAUCUUGUUGCAUAUUAA